AUGCCCUUCACUGCUUGUCUUGCCCAUGUCGAGGUUAACUAUGUUGUUCAAUCUAAAAUGGUGUUGUCAAUACGUGGAUACCUCGAGCACAACCAGGAAUGCAAGGACGCACAUUACCCGGUCUUCAAAGUCGCCCUUGCUCAGCUCAAGUGCAGCACAGAUAUUACAGAAGUCCAGGAGACAAACCUUCGCAUGGCACGAGCACACGCAUACCCUGGGCAGCCUUCUGUUGGCAAUUUCUCAAAGAGCGCAUACCGUUGGAUCCUACAUGCUGGCAACAAUUGCUCACUUUACCGCCAGUUCAACCGGAUGCAUGGUGUCUGCACUACAACCACAGCCCACAUUAAUAUCGACGAAUGGCUGAAUCCAGACUCACCGCAAUAUAACUGCGCUCUUGCCAAUGCAGUAUUUUACUAUGGAGCACGGACAAUUUGUGAAGAAUGGCUGAAGGUGUGCAUUGCCACACCUGAGAUGCGCGAAGCAGCUUGGAAGUACGCACAUCACUCUCAAAUCAUCCUUGAUGGCACGUUUGAUGUCUGCAACCGGAAGAUGUUAUUGUUCAUUAACAAGCAAACAUCUGCUGGGUAUGACACUGAGAUCCUAACCAAACUGCUCCGUGAAUGGAAAUUAGCUCUCGGGACGAAGAAUGGAGAGGCCUUCACCAUCUACAUUGCCAUCACUGACACUGAUCUCAUGGAACGGAACACAUUAGCAGCAGUCGUCGAUAACAUCUGGCUGCUCAUCUGCAAAUUCCAUCUGCGUCAGUCCUUUCAAAAUCAUCGCAAUCGUGUUCUGAAGGGCACAUCACCUUUUGCUCAUGACUUGAAGGCACGUAUGAAGCGCCUCGAGACCCAGCAUGUCCAAACUAAGGAGCACACCGCGUUUCUAGCCUUCAUCAAGGAAGAGCGAGAGGUGCUCGCAGCCUUCAAUCACUCGCUUGUCGGCCCUGAGACCCUUGAUGGUCUGGCGCUGAUCUACGGCGCGCAAGAGCAUUUGGACUACCUGCAGAACUACCGGGGAAGGGAGGCCCUGUGGCAGAGCUGGUCAGACUUUGGACGCUGUGUUGCUGCUGUUCAUCUGGAGUGCGCAGUGGAGGAAGUGCUGCCAACGACAAAUUACCUCGAGUCGUUCAACGGCGUAUUUAAAAGGAAGCAUCUAAAGUGA